AUGAGAGGGGAGGAGGCAGCGGCAGCUGUGACGGUGCCUGAGGCGGGCCGCGAUGGCGAGCAGCCCCGGCCUCCCGCAGGCUUGGGGUGCGCGGUGCGAGGAGAGCCGGGCGGCGGCGGUCCUCAGGAGUCCCGCAAGCAGUGGAAGGAGUUUUUAUAUUGUGAGCCACAUAAGAGAAUUAAAGAAGUACUUGAAGAAGAACUUUAUAUUAAAAGAGAUGAAUGCCGCAUUAAACAUCCACCUGCAGUGGCCCUGGAAGGGAUUUGGAGCAUUAAAAGGAACCUCCCUGUGGGAGGCUUGAAGCCAGGACUGCCGAGCAGGAACAGCUUACUGCCACAAGCCAAGUACUAUUCAAGGCAUGGAGGCCUGAGAAAUUUAUCCUUUCCUGGUGCCUUUUUUGGCUCUGUUUCCACAUUUGGAGGAGCAGGUUUAGAUGGCAACGUCCAGGAUCUCCUCUUGCGGUCCUCCGUUGCUGUCCUCUAUGUGGAGCUGCCCUUCUCGAGCAUGCUGGUGGCAGGGCGGGCGCAUGCUGGGGGUGCUGAGAGAAAUCCAGAAGCUGGACUGCCUGUCCACUGCUGCUUCUCCUGCUGCCAGAGGAGCUGGGACCCCUCAUGA